AUGGCUUUUCAAAAGACUUUUGAUUUUCUAAAUAAAAAGUCUUGCAAUCUGUCAGCAAGAAAUAUAAUUCUUCUUAGAUUAAUUUUGUACUUUCGAGAACUUUCGCAGUUAUCUUCAAUCACAUAUUUAAAUUUUCCUUUUAUUAACUCUUCAAAUCAUUUAAAUUUAAUGUCAAUAAUAUUACUAAUGCUUUCCAGACUUGUUUUUUCUGCUAGUUUAUUUCGUAAAAUUAAAAUGCAAAUUAAUCUUUUUUACAUUCAUUCUCGAAACUUGCAGUUUCGAUAUUGUUUAAGAACGAAAAAAUAUUUAUUGGCGACGUUUGUGAUUUACAUUUAUCAUUUACUUUUUUCUUUAAAUAUAGCUAUGCAUAAUUAA